ACUGGUCGUGUCUGUUGCUAAGGAUUUAGGUCUAAGCCUCGAUGUAGUGUUCAUCUGUGUUGCUAUGAUAUUGUGAUGUCACUGUGUUAGUGUUUUGACGUUUGUGUCGUGAAAAUGAUUCUAGAAGUACCUUGAAGACAGAUGCAUGUCUCUGGAAUUGAGUCGAAAUCAACAGUACCGAUGUCGUAACUUUGUUCCAGCACCAUUUGUAACUGCUUGUUGCUGCGACCAGCACCAGUGGCAACGGACUGUCAUUGUGACAAGGCUACACCGCUUGUAG